CCGUUCGAAUCGGCCGUUCUGGCUUGACAAUCUGGUGUGUUCCUGGCGUAAUAACAACGGCGUUCGGGAAUACGGUGUUGUCAUUUAUAUAAGGACCUCUAGCCCUCUCCUACCUGCGGGAAAGACUCAGGAACUGCUUCAGGCGGUCGGCGUAUCGCCUACUAUCAAGGCUGGAAUACUCGGGAGAGGGCUUGUGAUAAGGUCUAUCCUCACCAAAUUAAUACGCGAGGUCUCACCCAUCUUUUCUUCGCUUUCGUCUUCUUUCAUCCAACUACUUUCCAGCUGUUGCCUAUGCAUCAGGACGAUAUUCCUCUUUAUGGUCAGUUUACUGCUUUGAAUCGGAAUGGCCUGCAGACUUGGGUUGCAGUUGGAGGAUGGUCAUUCAAUGAUCCAGGCUCAACACAUACUGCGUUCAGCGAUAUGGUAUCCUCUGCAGCGAACCGGGCUGCCUUUAUUACGUCUGUUAUCACAUUUAUGGAGACUUAUGGCUUCCAAGGCGCGGAUCUUGACUGGGAAUAUCCCUCAGAUAACGACCGUGGCGGACAACCGGCUGAUGCGGAUAACCUGGUCCUUUUAGUGAAGGAGAUGAAAACAGCCUUUGCUGGGAGGUUUGGCCUUAGCCUUACCCUUGCACCAGACUACUGGUAUCUUCGAGGCUUUAAGCCAGCCGAAAUGCAGGGUUACGUCGAUUUUAUGGGGUUUAUGGCCUACGACUUGCACGGCCCUUGGGAUACUGAUGUAGAGACUUUGGGUUCUAAAGUCUGUCCACAGACCGAUAUCACUGAGAUGGAUAGAAACAUGAAGCCCCUCUGGUUCGAUGGCGUUGACCCUAGCAAGAUAGUUAUGGGCAUUGCUUACUACGGUCAGUCGUAUAAGCUUUCGGAUCCUUCCUGUGGUACCAUGGGUUGCCCCUUCCAGCCUGGCCUCGGUGGCAGCCCUGGAUCUUGCACUAACUUUCCCGGCGUCUUAUCAAACCGCGAAAUCCAGUCGAUUCUUUCAGCAUCGCAAGGUAGUAUCACGCCGACCUUAAAUGAAACAGCAAUGGUCAAAUACUUCACUUACGACGGUGAUAGUUGGUCUAUCGACUUUGACCCUGAGACAGGCGGGGGUGGCGCGGCCAAUCCCUAUCGGUCGCCGGAUAUGGCUACGGUUAUUCCACUUCCUCAUACGACAGUCCCUGCUGGCGCUACUUUAACCGUUGACUCCGGGGUAUCAACAGACGUUAUCAGUCUUUCAUACGAUGGAAACCAGAACAUACCGCAAGGUCCAGGUUCUAAUACCUGUCAGCGUUGCAGUUUCUUCCGCCUUAUCACUUCUACAUGCUGUGGCGAUGGAGGCAGUAUCGGGAACCCCAUUGAAUUGCCAGCGAAUAUUCCGAUCCCACUCGAUAUUAUCCUACCGGCAGGAUUCGUGCCAAACCAGCCAUUCGUUGCUACAGACGGGAGCACAGCCACUGCAGGGUCUCCACUACCAAGGGAACUUACGAUUCCAAAAGGGACGGUGUUCUCUUCUCCAUUUAUCAUCCCUCCGGGACAACCAUUACGAGAAGGAGAAGAUGACGAUACGGGAGAUGAUGCAAUCUUAUGGAUCGACCCCGCGAUCUGGGAUGAUCCAAAUCCUACGGCCAGCUGCUACCCACCCUGCACUCUCGUGUUACCUCCGUGGACCAAAGUGACGAGCACAGUCGACUAUCCCCGCAUUACAUGGACUGAAGGUCAACUGACAACGGUGCUUACAGUACCUCCGAUUACGAUCAGUGAAUGGCAGCUUGAAACGGUCGUUGUGGGUAAUCAACCCUCUUCAUCGAGCAGUGGAACGGGAUUCCCACCAAUUAUCUUCCCGAUCAUCACGCCAAUAUUGAGCGCAACCACGACAUGGCCACCAGUGACCACAAUUCUCUCUGGGCAUGUAACGACUAUUACAAACCCUCCUGUACCUCCCCGUCCCGCCCCGCCAGGACCUCCGCCUCACCCUCCGCCGGCCCCAGGACCAUGGCCGCCACCGAUUAGGAUUUCCAUUGGUCCUUCGGGACCUAUUGUGCGGCCAUGUGCAUUCCCCGCAAAUGGUUGCCCUGGUAAGGUCGAUCCGGGUCAAGUGCAACCACCGGGUCUGGAACCGACACUCAAACCAGUUAAGAAGCUUUCAGGGAGGCCGCCGACUGGCAACCCGAGUGAUCCAAAUAGAAACGAGGAUGAAGAUCCAGAUAACGAGGGCUUUACACCGGUUCCCGAAGACCCGGGCUCGGGGGGCCCUACUGUACCUCCGCCAAACACGCCGAAUCCAUCUACAAACACUGUAAAUUGUUACAAUCGGGGGCAGUGGACGAGAAGGUCUGCUCUGAUUGACGGCAUAGCGUACUUCUGUGAUCGAUUCCUCGGUUAUGGCAUUCUUCCCGAGGGCAAAUUCGUUGAGGAAAACAUUCUCAUGGGUUUUAGCGGGAACGACAUUUUCGAUGUCGUCGUCACUUUCUCAGUCGAGGUUAAGUCAGGCUGUCAGUGGGUGUACGAUGUUAUUGACUGUCGAAAGUAUCUCGAGGUUGCGGUGGACAGUUGUGACUGCGACGGGACGAAGCACAAACAGGGCGGAGUUGUUGAGAAUAACUGCUUGAAGUGGAGGCUUGAUCCAACGGGGUACAACUUAGGGUAG